GGUCACAUGCUGGGAAGGAUGGAAGUUGUCACACACACGCGCGUAUCGACAAAGUGAAUGGCACAGCGGAGCGGGAGUGACACCCAGGCGAGAGCGCAGCAGCAGCAGCAGCAGGAGCAGGAGCAGGAGCAGGAGGAGGACCGGGGCAGCAGCAGCAUCACCAACGCGCACAGCCACCACCGGCGCAUCCAAACGCACCGAGACGCGGGAGAAGACCAGGCGCGGUGAGAGGAUGAGACCCGCGGGGGGCAACUGCGUCUCUCCACCGGCGUCUUCCAAACCCAGACUCCGCUGAUUUACCCCUCCGUUCGCCUCCACUUCGCGAAAGUUCUGUGUACAAUGGUUAUAAAUGGGUCUUACCUGAACAGCUCCGCAACGCCAGACCCCGCUGACACCGUCCUGAACCGGCCGCCUUGGGUUACCACAACUUUGGGCUGCUUUCUCAUCUUCACCAUAGUUGUUGACAUCCUGGGCAACCUCCUCGUCAUCUUCUCCGUGUAUCGCAACAAGAAGCUAAGGAACGCAGGGAACAUCUUCGUGGUGAGCUUGGCAGUCGCGGAUCUGGUCGUGGCCAUCUACCCAUACCCCCUGGUCCUGUCCUCCAUUUUCCACAAUGGCUGGAGCCUGGGCUACAUGCACUGCCAGAUCAGCGGCUUCCUCAUGGGCGUCAGCGUCAUCGGCUCCAUCUUCAACAUCACCGGCAUCGCCAUCAACCGCUACUGCUACAUCUGCCACAGCCUCAAGUACGACAAACUGUACAGCGACAAAAACUCCAUAUGCUACGUCAUGCUAAUAUGGGCGCUAACCGUAGUAGCCAUCGUGCCCAAUCUUUUCGUAGGCUCCUUGCAGUACGAUCCGCGGGUGUACUCUUGCACUUUCGAGCAGUCGGCCAGCUCGGCGUACACAAUCGCCGUGGUUUUCUUUCACUUCAUCCUGCCCAUCAUGAUUGUCACUUACUGCUACCUGCGGAUCUGGGUACUUGUCAUCCAGGUGAGGCGCAGGGUGAAACCUGACAAUCGGCCCAAGCUAACGCCGCACGAUGUCAGGAACUUUGUCACCAUGUUCGUCGUGUUCGUGCUUUUCGCCGUUUGCUGGGCGCCCCUCAACUUCAUCGGGUUAGCGGUGGCUAUCAAACCGGAAGUAGUUGUACCGCUCAUCCCCGAGUGGUUGUUUGUGUCCAGCUACUUCAUGGCCUACUUCAACAGCUGCCUUAACGCCAUAGUGUACGGUGUGCUGAAUCAGAAUUUCAGGCGUGAGUACAAACGCAUAGUCGUGUCGGUGUGCACGGCCAGAAUCUUCUUCCAGGACAGCUCCAAUGACGCGGUGGAGCGGCUGAAAAGCAAACCAUCGCCCAUGAUGACGAACAAUAACCAGGUGAAAGUGGACUCUGUUUGAGCAGCGAUCGGGAUAACUGUGACUCAGAGCAAAACAAAUACCAAAUAUGGACCUCAUGGUUUCUUUUGUUUGGAAAUGUCCGAAAAACUGUUACAAGGUGCUAUCUGACCUCAGAACAAUCACAGUAAAAAAUAUAAGGGUGCAUAUUAUUAUUGUUUAUCGAGGACUUGCUUUGAAUUUUGCGGUACCCGUAGUACAGUAAACAUAUGAUGUCUGUUUUGUUUUGUUUACACAUUGUAUACAUGUAUUUUUUCAGAUGUCCUGUAGAUAUUAAAAUAUAUCAGAGUGAGAUUGCAGUGGAAGUCAUGGUUGGGUUUAUAGAUGGUGUUGUACUUGGCAGUUAAACUUAGUAAAUAAGCUCUAGCAAUGCGGCUUUGUGCUAAAUUGACCAAAGGCGAGCAAAAAUUAAGACCCUCAGCAGAUGAACCUUGUACGUAGUUGCCAAAGUUAUGGAGCUCAACAGUGCCCACCCCUGUCUGCGUCUGCAAAGUGUAGAGGCACAGGAGAAAGUCACGGAGUAACUCAUGAUCAUAUCAAGUCCAGAUUCAUUAUUUGUAAAGUUGACAUAAGGAAAAAUGUAAUUGUAAUUGAAGUUUUAUAUAUAGUGUUUGUACUUGUUUUAUGGUCACUUUUAAAUAUAUAAAAUAUAUAUAUUUUUUGUUGUAUUUUUGGAACAAGAAGCAUCCACUCACUGUUGAGCUCCUUUAAACUUUCCCCUUGAGCCUGCAGAGCACUACAUUAUAUAUAAAUAUCUGCCAAGUACAACUAACCAAAAACUCAUUUUUACAUUUUAAGAGGCCAAUUAAGCUUUUUUGUUUUUUAAUAAAAUGUGCUAAGAAGAGAAGUUUAUAAAUAAAUUGAUUAACCUUCUUUGUGACACUGUAACACUGAGUGGAAACAAUGUGGGUUGCUGCUGUUUUAUUAUUAGAAUUAUUAUGAGACCUUGGAAAAACUGUCCCUCUCAUUAGGUGGAGUAUAUACUAUAUUUUAGUAGAAAAAUCUCACUGUUUUGCCACCUGUGGGCUCAUUUAUUGUAUGCAUGGAUAUCAGGAAUUCUUCAUAUGCAAAAUAAAUCUGAUGGAUGAUAUAUA